AUGCGUGUAAAAUCACCUAAGGUAAGAUUGGAGGAUAUCAACGUCAUCAACAAGAAGAAUGGGAGCAUUAGGCACACGGCACAAGUCAGGAUAAAGAACAAUAAUUUUGGGCGUUACAAAUUUGAUAGCAACAUGACUACUUUGACCUCAGGAGGUGUAUUGGUGGAAGAAUUUGUGAUCCCUAAUGGACGGGCAAGAUUGAAAUCCACCAAGACAUUCUAUGUUAUUGUGGAUGUUACUAAUCCUUCAAACUCCGACACUGAAGGUUUUCAUCCUGGGUUGCUGCAACUGACUGCUAAGGUUGAGUUGACUGGAAAAGUCAAAUUCACUAUGGUUUUGAAGAAGAAGAAAUCUGCAGAAAUAAACUGCACCAUCUCCAUUAAUUUGUCAACAAAUUUUGUCCAGGACCUCAUAUGCCAGUGA